UUUACCAAACAGGUGCGCUGUCCCGCUGAUGCCGAGAUGUUGGUGGGACCGCCGGCUGACGGGAACCAGGGUCUGACUGACGGCUUCUACUACUGUAACAGGGUUAACGGUACAUGGCUGGGCAGGGAGCCAGUCUGUCUGGGCUUUUACAACAACGUAACCAUGGUGACGGACGAGUCCAAUGGGAUCCGGCUGGUGGGGGGAGCGUCCUAUGGCUGUGUGGAACUGUUCGAUAACGUCACACAACAGUGGGGGCCUGUGAGAGGCUGGGUUCUCGAUAACUUCGACCCACUAGACGAUGCUCAAAUGGAGUGGGCAAACCUCGCUUGUAGAAACCUUCGGUUUCCUGCGGGACUAGCCACAAAGGCGUACCGAAGAAGAGAUUGGGUUGAAGACGACAUGUGGCCGUUGACAGAGCAAUACGAGCUGUACCCCCUUCAGUACCAUUAUGAACCCUCCUACCCACCAACGGUACCCAAGUUCGUGGUUUCGAAGUCCCCCGCUCCGCAAUGGGAAGGCGCGACCCUACAUGGCGCCAUAGACCGGGUGGUACGAGGACCGUGCCCUGAGGGAGACAGGGACUGUGGUGACACCGCAUUCGGGUUGUGCCUGGCAUGCGAAGGACAACAAGACCCACUGUCGACCAGUGGCGCUUCCAACCACCUGACCACGGCCACAGCUCCCAGCAUCGCACGCGCAUGCGCAACGUAUGCUGUCACUGUGCUCCUGAUAGCAACAGCAGUGGCUUGAAAAGUAUUCUGGGAAGGUAGCAGCAACGUUCAGAGAAACGUCAACAGACAUCAUAUGUGCAAAGACAGGAUGGAAUUUCAAUUCAAAAUAACUUCAAUGCUCGCGAUUGGUUGGACGCUAACCAAUCAGUUGCUAGAAGAUCGAUAGUAAUUACGUCAAGCAGAGUGUCAAACAGUCGGUUUUAAUGCUUCACAAUUUCUUUUUAUUCUCAUAAAAUCUCAGAAAAUAAUUGUCAACUCAAUCUGUAUAAUAUUUACUAUGUGUGUUUCCUAUAUAUGUAUUACGCGUUUUACUGUGUAUUUUCAUAUAGCCAGACGACGUGGACCAAUCAGAAUGCCCCAUUUCAUGUUGGUUAUGACGCCGUAACACAUAGAAUUCCGGCCAGCCAGGUGUUGAAAAAUUUUAACACCUGACCAAUCAGAAGGAGCGAUACACAG